AUGGUCACCAGUCUGAAAAGCUCUGGUGAUAGUGAUACUCAUGCACAAACUGGAUCCAGCUACAACCGCAAAGAUGAAUUGAAGGCAUUUGAUGACACACAAGCAGGGUCUGCAGAGUCCAAUGUUACUAUCCCAGUAAUAGAUUUAGCUGGCGUCAGGAAAGAGGCAAAUUUACACUCCGAGAUAGUUAAACAAGUUAAAAAUGCUUGCCAGAAAUGGGGAUUCUUUCAGAUUAUCAAUCAUGGCAUUCCAGUAAGCAUGCUGGAUAAAAUGAUUGAUGGGAUACGUAGAUUUCAUGAGCAAGAUACUGAAGAUAAAAAAAAGUUUUAUAACCGUGAUUACCAAACUAGCAAGGUGCUAUAUAAUUCCAAUUUUGAUUUGUACGUAUCACCAGCUGCUAAUUGGAGGGAUUCCUUGAGUUGUGUUAUGGCUCCUGUUAAAUGUGGAAGUCUGAAAACAGCGUCGUUUAAGUAA